CUCAGCUACGCAUAGCCUUUCUUUUAACUCAAGGCUCUUUUACUUUUUUUUCUCUUAUUGUGAUUUUCUUGCAUCACCUCUGUUUUCCACAUUGGUAGUUAGAAAUGGCGCAGCUAAUCACUUUGGCAACAUGCUCCCUCAACCAGUGGGCAAUGGACUGGGAGGGCAACCUUGCUCGAAUCCGUACAAGUAUCCUCAAAGCUAAAGAAGCCGGAGCUACCUUGCGAACUGGUCCUGAGCUGGAAAUAAGCGGUUAUGGAUGUCUUGACCACUUUCUGGAGUCUGAUACCUAUAAUCAUUCAAUGGAUAUGCUAUCAAAAAUUCUAACGGAUACUUCCCUCCAUGGCAUUCUCCUUGAUAUAGGUUUACCGGUUAUGCACCGUGGCUGCCGAUACAACUGUCGUGCAAUUAUCCUUGACGGAAAGCUCCUGUGUCUUCGCCCCAAGAUAUAUCUAGCCAACGAUGGAAACUUUAGAGAAAACCGAUUCUUUACUCCGUGGAAUCGGCCCAGAUAUGUUGAGCAGUACAAUCUUCCGCCUCAAAUCCAGCAACAUCAGGGAACACGGCAGAUCCCCAUCGGCGACGUCAUCUUAUCUCUGAAUGAUACUACCGUUGCCGCCGAAACUUGUGAAGAGCUCUUCACCCCUCAGGCACCACACAUCAACAUGGGCUUAAACGGCGUUGAAAUCUUCACCAACAGCUCUGGUUCGCAUCAUAGCUUGCGAAAGCUCAACGAGCGAAUUUCCUUGAUUCAGGAGGCUACCCGGAAAAACGGUGGCAUCUACCUCUACGCAAACCAGUCUGGUUGUGAUGGUGAUCGUCUCCUCUAUGAUGGCUGCUCAAUGAUUGUGGUCAACGGCGACAUUGUUGCUCAGGGCGCGCAAUUCAGCUUGCUAGAUGUUGAGGUGGUGACAGCGACAGUCGACCUCGAGGAAGUGCGAGCCUACCGAUUUGCUCCAUCUCGCAAUUUCCAAGCCGUGCAAGCACCAGUGUACGAAAGAAUCGAGGUUGACUUUACGCUCUCCCAUGAUAGCCUCAGAAUCCUCGAAGUCCCGACUCCCAUUAAGCCCCCAAGAUAUCACCUCCCAGAGGAAGAAAUUGCUCUCGGUCCCGCAUGCUGGCUCUGGGAUUACUUACGACGAAGUAAAACUGCGGGCUAUCUAGUUCCUCUAUCGGGAGGCAUCGAUUCCUGCGCGACGGCUGUCAUCGUCUAUAGCAUGUGCCGACUCGUAGUCCAGGCCGUCAAAGAUGGCAAUCAAGAAGUGAUUGCGGACGUCAAAAGACUCGCUGCUUUCUCUGAUAAAUUGCCUGAUACACCAGAGGAAUUUUGUAAUCAGAUAUUCCACACCGUCUUCAUGGGAAUGGCCGCUCAGAGCAGCAAAGAAACUCGACAACGUGCCAAAGAUCUUGCCAGCCGUAUUGGUAGCUACCAUACAGACAUGAAUAUCGACGAUACUUUCCACGCCACAAAGAACUUGCUCACGCAGGGCACAGGAUUUGAGCCCAAGUUCAAGGUCCACGGAGGGUCCGUCGCUGAAAACUUGGCAUUGCAAAAUAUUCAAAGCCGCUCUCGCAUGGUCAUCGCCUACUACUAUGCGCAGAUGCUGCCAACCGUCCGGCAACGGCCGGGAGGAGGCGGUCUACUGGUUCUUGGAUCCAGCAACGUCGACGAAUGCCUUCGAGGAUAUCUCACAAAAUACGACUGCAGCUCUGCCGACCUUAAUCCAAUCGGUUCUAUCAGCAAAUCUGACCUUAAACGAUUCAUUGCCUGGGCAGGCAAAAACUUUGACCUCCCUAUCUUGGAAGAGUUCAUCCACGCCAUUCCCACGGCUGAACUUGAGCCCAUUACUGAAAACUACGUGCAAAGCGAUGAAGCUGAUAUGGGCAUGACCUACGACGAAUUAUCACGUUUUGGUUCAUUACGUAAACAGUAUAAACUUGGGCCAUACGGCAUGUUCCUGAGACUCCUCAACGAAUGGGGCGGCCACGGCAAACUGAGUCCUCGCGAGAUCGCCGACAAGGUGAAGCGCUUCCACCAUUAUCAUUUUCUUAACCGCCAUAAGCAAGUAGUGGCGACACCAGCCUACCAUGCUGAGAGCUACUCGCCGGACGAUCAUCGAUUCGAUCUCCGCCCCUUUCUUUACCCCUCUGCGUUCGAGAGCUGGUCGUUCAAGAAGAUUGACGAAAGGGUGGCGGCUUUAGAAAAGGCCCUGGAGAGGCGACAAGCAAACGCAUAAACUACGAUUGAAUAGACAACACAAGGAAUAAAAGGAUAAUAUUAUU